AUGCCACCACGUUCAUCAAAUCGAGGAAAUGCUCAAUCGUCAGGCUCGUUAGCUAGUUUAUUUGGUGCUCGUCAGAAUGAGACACGUUCACAUGGACAUCAUAAACAUACAAGUGGGAUUUCAAACCCCUCUGCCCUAUACUCUGAGAGUUCAUUAAAUCUAAAACAACGAAUUCUUAAUGAGGUAAAUGGAGGAAAAAACGGGAUUAAUAGUAAGUUACUUCAAACACAUCGCCAACGAGUAUGGGAUAUAGCCUUUGGGACAUUAGGUGGUGAUGGAGUUGAAGUAUCGACAAUUGAAUUUUCUCUUAUCUGUCCAUAUUCUCGGUUAGCGAUGGAGUAUCCUGUUCGAAGUAAAAGUUGUCGUCAUGUUCAAUGUUGCGAUUUAAAGUCAUGGAUUGCUUUGUUGGAAAAAUGUCGUUCUAUGCGAGACCCAAUGGCACCUUGUCCCGUAUGUGAACAACGUGUAGCGGCUUCUACUCUUGAAAUAGACUGUUGGCAGCUUCAUGUUUUAUCACAGAUGCCACCAGGGACACGUUUAGUUAUUUUAGAUGCAGAUGGAGGUUACCGUAGUGGUGAUGUAUCACGAGAUCAAAAGAAAAGACAAGUAACAGAAAUUAUAGACUCUACUCAACUAGCUGAUGAUGGUGACGAUUGUGGGGCUUUUACUCCUUCCCCUGAGUCUGUAUCUUCCGUAAAGGGAGAAACAGGUAUUGGUUCUUUCCAUGUUAAACAUGAACGAUUAUCAGAAGAACGACCUGAAUUACCACCAACCCAGUUUUCACAGGGAAGUUGUGUCUGGAGUGGAGGGACUCCCAAUCUGCCAACACAAGAUGAUGAUUUGGUGGUUGUCUGCUAUAUAGAGAGUAAACCGCCGCGUCGUGUGUUGUCCUCUCAGGCCCGUCUCUGGGAAGCACACUGCCCCAGAUGCAAGAAGAUGUUAGUGAAGAGUAAGGAUGGUACUGUACAGUGCUGUGUGGACUGUGGUUUAGGGCGGGAUGAUUGGACCUUUGUGCGCCGUUUCCCUGAUGCGGUGGUGUCAUUAGAGUUAACGAGUGAUGGGACACUUCUUCUUUAUGGUGUGGAUGGUAUUGCCUCGCAUUUAUCACGGGCUGGAUUUUGCCGUGCUGUAUUCCUUGAUGAGAGUGGCACCGUUUCUCGGGGUGGAAAUCUUGGAUUGUGGUAUACAACCGAUACACUCUCCAGAACAGAGUUGGAUUUUUUAGAAGCGUGUUGUUUGCGAUUGGCGUGUGGAGAACUUGUGGACGACAUACCGUCCGUUCCUUUUCGGUUUCGUGUGCGAAGACCUCUUCGUUCUCAUGGUAUUCAUGGAGGUGAGAUGGGACCUACACAGACAAGUUAUUACAGUCCCAGCCGGUAA